UACGGCAAAAAGGCGGGCAUUUCGCAAUUUCCCAGGUGGUUUGAACCAGUUCGAAGCAGUUCCUCACAAAUCGAAAUUAUUGAAUCCAUGUCAAUCCUUUGAAUUUUCAUGAUAAAAUUUUAGUCAAAACAGAUAUUCUAUCGACAAGGAACUGGUUUAAAGUUUAAGCAAUUUCUUUUUGUUUUUCCUAUUCGCUACGAUGAAUACAAACAAGCCGCAACCUGUGGCUACGUUUAAGGUAAGUUUGAGGAUGAUUCCUCGAAGUUCAUUUGACAUAUAAGGUAUCGUUUUGAACAUUUCUUAUGUUUUAAAAUAGUUGGUACUCGUUGGAGAUGGCGGUACGGGUAAAACGACGUUUGUGAAGCGACACAUGACUGGCGAAUUUGAAAAGAAAUACGUUGGUACGUUGGGUAAAAUUUAAAUCCAAAUGAAAUACUGGUUCAGUGGACACGAGUUAUAAAACAUAAAUACCCAUAAUUAUUGUAGUGAGCGAACUAAAAAGAAAGUACAGUUUUCAUGGUUUUAAAUAUCAUGCCAAACGUACAUUUAAUAGCCGUUUAAUAGGUUUGAAGAAAUUUAUUUUCAAAACCUAGCUAGCAUCAGCAUAUUGCAUUUUUGGCAAUGGCAGCACAUUUAUGUCAUAUGGCAGUUAUGCAUGCAUGAUUCAAUCUUCCUGUUGCCUUCCCCCCCCCCCUCGAACAGGCCCUAGGGAAGUGUACACCAACACGGGGACACCUCCCCGGGAGUGAGGAAAUAUUUUGUUGAACGUCCGGGGCCAGACUGUAAAGUUUUCAGAAAUUUUGACUGAAUUUCUGUCCGCAUAUUUUCAAUAAAAAUCGUACAAAAUCUGCAUAUUUUUAUGAACUAAUGAUUUAUUUUGUCUCGUAUGUUUUUGGCCUUGCAAAAAGAGGCAGAGAAAACUCUGAAAAUGAUGCCAAGUAUGUAGUGCUGUGCGCCGGAGUUCUGCCACCGGAGCUCCGGCGGUUUUUCCGGAGCCGGAGCAGAAUUUUGUAUGCCGGAGCCGGAGUUACAUUUUUCCAACUCCGGCAAAAUGACAAGAAAACAAUUGAAAUGAGACAAAUGUCAAACGAUUGUUAGUUACUGCAAACUGCCAAUUGCUGUUAAUGAAUUCAUCAUAGACUCAAACUGCCACAGCCCAUAGGAACAGCAUCGAAAAGCUGUAAUACGAUCACAACUUACAAACGUCGUGCUUUCGCGAAGCCAUCUGACUUCGCUACAUAGUCUGUGUAUUCAUGCCUUGUAGAUAACGAAAAAGUACAAAACAAAUAAAUAUCAACCUUUUGAAAAUUACAGAGUACUUUGUUUGCAUGCAAACAAUUGCGCUGUGGAGUCUGAGAGUGUUAGCGUCAUGCCUCGCGUCAUGCUAUAUAAAAAUUGCAACACUGUCAAAAAAUUUUCGAGGCUGGUUUCCAUAUAGAUAUUUUCUGCGUGGUUAAGUGUUUUCACUGUUUUGUUUCCUGAGUUAUGUUAUCUGAUAAUUAGGAAGUGCGAAAACGGUUAUUCAUUAUAAUAUUAAUAAAUGUUCUCUGAUCGUAAAACAUUUAUUUAAUAUUUUAUGAUGUGGCCGGAGCUCAGAGCUAUAAUUCGGCCGGAGCCGGAGAUGAAAAACCGGAGUUUGCACAGCACUACAAGCAUGGUGGCACCUUGUGGAAGUUAUGCAGCCAUUCUCAAAUGUUCCCCGUGCGAAAAUAAUACUUUACAGCCUGGCCCAGGGGUGUCGAUGGAGUGUGGUUGUAGGGAAUACAAAUGUUGCUUUAACAUUGUUUGUCAAAAUGUUAGAGCAAUGUGUAUAAAACAUGACUAAUAAGGAGAAUAGAUCAUUCCAGAAAACAUCCAUACCACCCCCACAGAGGAAAUUAACCCCCUCCCCUACCCCCUAUUUACUAUUAUCAGAAACAAUUUUUUCUCCCCUCCCCCUCUGGACGGUAGAAAUUUCCUCCGUGGGGGAGUAUGGAUCUUUUCUGGAAUGACCCAAUAUAAGAAAAAUACAACUCAUAUGAUUAACUUUUCCCUUUCCUGAUUAACCCAUUCAGUGGCAGCACUCUCCACUUGACGUUAGUAAAGUCGUCUGGCAGUAGACAGUAAAAUAAUAAAGUAGGGUGCAUUGCCACUUAAAGGGUUAAUCAGUUUGCCAAUAUUUUCUUGAUUUCCAUCAUAUUCUUAUUUCUUUGCUUGUAGCAACCCUUGGUGUUGAGGUCCAUCCUCUUGAUUUUUACACGAACCGAGGGCUCAUCAGAUUCAACGUCUGGGACACAGCAGGCCAGGAAAAGUUUGGUGGGUUGCGCGACGGUUAUUAUAUCCAAGGGCAAUGCGGAAUAAUCAUGUUUGAUGUCACAUCGAGAGUUACCUAUAAGAAUGUCCCUAACUGGCACAGAGAUUUAGAAAGAGUCUGUCAAUGCAUUCCCAUUGUAUUAUGUGGAAAUAAAACUGAUGUCAAAGACCGAAAAGUCAAAGCAAAAGCUAUUACUUUCCAUAGAAAAAAGAACCUUCAGGUAUAUUUGAGCUUGGAUAGAUUUGUAUAGAGCUGCAAAUAAUUUUUCAUACUACUUUUUAUAGAAAUUUGGAGGAAAUUAUACCAACCUUGUUUCCUUGUUUUCUAGUACUACGACAUCAGCGCAAAAAGUAACUACAACUUUGAGAAACCAUUCUUGUGGCUAGCUCGAAAACUCACAGGUGACCCUAACCUAGAGUUCACAGAAAUGCCUGCACUCUUACCACCCGAGAUUGUCAUGGAUGCCUCACAAAAACAACAAAUUGAAGCCGAUUUGAUUGAGGCACAGAAGACUGCCCUUCCCGAUGAUGAUGACGACAUAUAAACAUUUAAUAAACACUAUCAGAUAUUUAUAUGGCACUGCAUAACAUAGUGAAGAAUGUACUAGGUAGUACAAAGUGUUAUAUAGUAAUGCAAUGAUAUUUGUAUUGCUUAGUGAACAUCGUUAAUGUAAUUAAUAAAAUAUGAAAAUACAAGUUUUUUAAAGUUCGGUGGAACUCAUUUGUACCUUUCUGGUAAUUUAAAUAUCCACAUUUCAAUGUGUGAGCUAAUGUAAUUUGUGCUCAGGGAGUCGAAGAAUUUGGUAAAUGCUUCUAUAGUGCAAGGACAUAUUAUGUAAGGGGUGUUUAAAGAUGCUGUAAAGC